AUGGCCCACAAAGCCAUCUCCAUCUCCAUCUCCCUCUCCCUCUCAAAAGCACCCCGCCGCAUCCUCCCCUCCCUCUCCCUCUCCCACUCCCAACCCAGAGCGCCUACAUCCUCAAGCUACCCCAUCAACCCACCCCGCCCGUCCUCCUUUCCCACAACGCAACCGCACGGCAAACUCCACAACGGACAACUCCGACUCCAGCCUCAGCCCCGGACCCGAAGCCGCACCUUCACAACCGGCCGCCCGCGACGCGCCGCCAAGGCCGAAGCGGCAGAGAUCUCGCUGGAUGAGUACCACAGGAUAUCCGACCGGUACAUCGACGGUCUGGUCGCGCAGCUAGAGGAGAUGCAAGAGGAGCGGGAAGAGGUGGAUGUGGAAUAUUCCGUCCGUGCCCCACCCCCCCCCCCCGACUUCUCUCCCGGCACUUUCACUUCCCCCACUACUGGUCCUACUCUACGUACGUACGCCGGCGUAUUGACCUUGCUCUUCCCGCCCCACGGCACCUACGUCCUCAACAAGCAGCCGCCGAACAAGCAGAUCUGGCUCAGCAGUCCGGUGUCCGGGCCCAAGCGAUACGAUUGGGUCGUGCGCGGUGCGGACGGUGACGGGGCGGAGAAGGGGGAGUGGGUGUAUUUGCGGGAUGGGAGUACGUUGAGCGGGUUGCUGGAGGAGGAGGUUGGUGUUGCGCCCGGGGAGGGGGAGGGGGAGGGGGAGGGAGACGGGUUGUGA